GCGUGGCCUGUGUCCGCGUGUGCGUGAGAGCCUCCAAAACCAUACGGCGUGUUGAGUUCUGUCUCCUGACAGACGCGCUAGUUCGCUGCGGUUCUUUCUACCUCAUACCAAAUCAUCCGAGCUCUGUUACUGCUGCUGAAACUUUGGCCCUGUUUGAGUCGUCGUGAGGAUGCACAGCUCUCAGAAGGACACCACAUACACCAAGAUCUUCGUCGGAGGUCUUCCGUAUCACACCACCGACUCCAGCCUCAGGAAAUACUUUGAGGUGUUUGGAGAAAUCGAGGAAGCUGUUGUCAUUACUGACAGACAAACGGGGAAAUCCAGAGGCUAUGGAUUUGUGACGAUGUCUGAUCGAGCCGCGGCAGAAAGAGCCUGUAAGGACCCAAACCCCAUCAUAGACGGCAGGAAAGCCAACGUCAACCUGGCGUACCUCGGGGCCAAACCACGGAUCAUGCAGCCGGGGUUUUCAUUUGGUGUCCCCCAAAUACACCCUACCUUUAUCCAACGGCCUUAUGGGAUCCCCGCUCACUAUGUGUACCCGCAGGCGUUUGUUCAGCCCAGCGUGGUGAUCCCUCACGUCCAGCCGUCCGCCGCUUCGGCCGCGGCGUCUCCGUACCUGGAUUACACCGGAGCCGCGUACGCGCAGUACUCCGCCGCCGCCGCCACAACCGCUGCAGCCGCCGCCGCCGCCGCUUACGAUCAGUACCCGUAUGCUGCCUCGCCGGCCGCCGCGGGUUACGUCGCUGCGCCGCGGCAAUACAGUUACGUCCAGCGGCCGCUAGCAUCGCCUGCACCGGGAGCCGCUGCGGCGUUCGCUCAGUAUCAGCCGCAGCAGCUUCGACGGACCGCAUGCAGUGGGGAUCGCUGGGCGUUUAUGACUGUGUCACUUUUUACUGUUCACCAGCUGAUAUACCUUUUUUUAUUCUUCUGUUAUUGCUAUUUUAUUUGUAGUAUUUAAUAUUUAUUAUGGAA